AGUGAAGUGGAGGUGGGGGGCGGGUUUGAGGCCUUGGCUCGGGCGGCAUCAGGGAGAGAGGCAUCAGCAUCAGCAGCAGGGACCGCAUCAGCAGCAGGGACAGCAUCAGUAGCAGCCGCAGCCGCCAUGUCGUGCAGCCGCUCGCACACGGAGAGCCGGGCCAUCCCCACGAGGAGGGUGCUGCUGAGCGACGCCUCGCAACUACCUCACGACUACUGCACCACGCCCGGCGGGACCUUCUUCUCCACCACGCCUGGGGGCACCCGCAUCAUCUACGACCGCAAGUUUCUGAUGGAGUGCCGCAACUCGCCGCUGGCGCGCACGCCGCCGCCGCUGCUGCCGCACAUCCCCGGCGUGACCAACCCCCGGAAGAGCUCCCCCACCGCCGCGGCCAACGCCGCGGCCAACGCCGCGGCCGUCGCCGCGGCCGCCUCGCCCAACACGGGCGGGCAGCAGGCGGCCACUCCGACCGCAUCGCCCACCAAGGCGGUGGCGGAGAACAAGGCGGAGAACAACGUGGCCAACCACACCGACAAGCCAGGGGAGGAUGCUCAAUUCGAGAUGGACAUCUAAAUGGAUGUCUAAAUGAAGAUCCCAGCUGUUCCACUCUACAGUUUCCACCGUGCUCAUCUGGCUUGCACCCCAUUUCAGUCGCCCCCGUGCAGGGCGAACCGAUGUUUUGUGUUCUAAGAAAAAAAAAAUCAUGAAAAGUUGGCAUUAAAACGGACACGUUAUUAUAGUACUUUAGAAAGCAUGCUACUACUCCUGCGCUUAUAUUGUUGCCUUAAGGUAAUCAUGUCUGCUGUCUUUUUUUAACUUAGUUUAUUCAACGGAGCAGACUAUUAAAGUCUACUUUUUAAUUUGAACCCAAAGUUUAAAGACAACUUGGCUUCAAAAGGAAAUGUGGCCAUGGUGCCGUGUCGGUUCUGGCGUGUAACGGUGCCAUCGUAAGUUUGGACUUGGAUUAAUUUUUUUGUUCUAAAAAAUGUGUCGCUCAAUCAUGGCAAUUUUUUUUAUUGUUAUACAAAACGACCUCCAUGGAAAUGGACUUGGCGAAAUGUACGAUUGCGAAACUUUUCCGUAGUUGAUAUGAGCGUGUGUCCUUGGCUAACGUCCGUGCGGAGUCUCUCGCGUGCUCGCUUUAACCAUUUCCUAUCAAAAGCAUGACGAUCGACUCGCAAACAAACUAAAGCCGGAACGAUUCUUUAUCGAAGUUUUUAAAAGGAGUGCAUUUCAGAAACGAACUCCCCUUUUUGAAGGCGUUAACUUGACGGUAAAUAUUUUUUUUGGUCGCCAAGUCCCAAGAUUUAGUACACCUGAGGCGUGACUUGGGGGUGGAGCUGUUCUCUUGCAAGCUCCUCGCAUCGCAGUAGCCGUCGUGCGGUGGGGAGGAGGAGGAUUCUGUGCCUCGUUGAGACUCCCAGCCCGGCAGUCCGGCAUCUUCCACAAAGCCUUUCUGAAAGGUCAGUUACUGUGCCUCGAUGCAGGACUCCCUUUGGAACGUCCUUGUUUUGCAUUUGGUUCCUGCACUCGUUCCGCCUUGAUUUAAGCCCUGCAGGAACGAGCCUCUCUUUCCCCCCCUCCCCCCCCCGUGUCUUUGCAAUGAUCGGCGGCGUGGAAUUGAGGACAUUUGAAGCCACCUGCCUCCCAACCAGCAUGGAGAAGUGCGCGCGAGCGUGCGCGCUCACAGAAGUUUAUAUCGAUAUUGUGGAUUUUUUUUACAGUUCAGUCAUUUAAUGUCAUUGCAAAUGGAGGUGCUAAAUGAUUUGUAUUUUUUUUAUCUCGAAACCCCAGAACUUGGCUCUUACCGAGAGGUGCCGCGUGCCUUCACGCCCAAUGCAAAUUAAAACAAACAAAAAUCGUGGCGCAUUAAGGCAACACGGGCUCGCGAAAUCUUUGGUUGAACUAAAUCCAACCCAGGUCAGGUGCCAUUGACGCGAGUUAAAUUUAAUUACCUGGUCAUAUUUCUCAGCCUCUUGUGACCAGUGGCCAAUGGGGGACUAAUCCUGUACUCUGUGCCAUCUUGGCCGCAGGGUAUCGUGGAUUCUCCCGUUACUUGCGGCGUGAAUAUUUUUAAACGGAGGUUUCAUUUCUGUCCACGCGCAUCUGCGAAGUUGCAUGCUCGCGAAUGGCGAGUGGACGGGCCUCGCCGUCCUGCCGGUGGCAGUGGUGGCGGCGUCGAGACGCCCCCCCCCCCCCCCCCCCCCCCCCCGGGGACCCCUCUGCGUCAGGUGAGUCCGCCGGCCUCUCCCGCGUUGUGUUCCUCCCGAGCGCCGGGCGGGGGGGGGGGGAGGGGGGUCCUCGUGCGGUGCGUUGCCAAACCAUCCGCGGGACGGCGUGCUGCGCUGUGCCCCGACCUACGUAGAUGAGUUGCAUGGAGGAAACCAAAAACCGUCGUCUUUGCCAAGUCGACGGCGGCGCUGGCGACCUUGACCUUUGCCACUCCGACGGGAAGGGCGGUGGGUCUGCCGCACAGGUCGAAGGGCACGUGGUGUGCGGCGGUGGCUCGUGCCCCUCGCCACGAUGAGGAGGGGUUGCUGUCGUGCAAAAUGCACUCCCUUACAUUUUUUUUGGAAGCAGCAAUUUUUUUCUUGACUAUUAAAAAGUUAAUGACUUUUUUUAAAAAAGCGGUGCGUGCCAAAACGGCCCGGAAGGGUUGCGAGUCUGCGUGGAAUUUCUCAAGAUUCGGAACGCGUGCACCUGCAGCUUGCUGUAUGGGGGGGGGGGAAAAAGUGUUGGCUCUCUUCGGCUUAAACCGCAGCGACGCUCCCCGCUCCUCCCCUCGGUUCUUGGCUUUUGUUUUGGACUUCUCUCCGGAAAGGGAUGAGAUGAGGGCGAGGGACAGAUUUAUUUUUGUUCCGUGGAGCCCGUAGGGGUGGGGUGGGGGGAGUGUGUGGGUGGCAACAAAGGCCCUUGUUCAUACUGUGAUUGUGUUUGACGACCAGCCGGAGUCGCGUGCGAGAAGUUGAAAUUGUGCUUGCGUUGAGAUGAAUGGGAUGUGUACAGUUCACAUUUCUGAAAUUAAAGGUUACAACAAAAAGGUGAACGGCAGCA